AUCGGCAAUCCGCUUGCCUCGUGAUCUCUCUGUCUCUCUCUUGCGCUCACGAGGUUUGCUGCACCAUUGAGUGGAGCACUAGUAUAGAUUGAACGACAGGAGCAGCAAUUCGGAAGGUCACACCAACCCAUGUCUUCUUGCCGGCAUGACCACGAGGAGGCGGGUGGGGGGGGAGGAGGAGGGGACGGUCAUGACCAUAGUCACGGACACAGCCACGACCACAGCCACGACCCAGAAGACCCAGACGGGAUGUCCUUGUUCGGCCUCAUCGAUACCACGCGCGUCCGAUGCCUCAACGAGAGCGCCCCCGGCAGCGGGCUGAACUGCCUCAAGCCGUGGGACAAGCGACGAGAUCCGCAGCCGCGCCUCGAGAGCGAGGAAGAUGACCCGGAGCUCAUCAUAUACGUACCCUUCACGCAGGUGGUGAAGAUUCGAGCCAUUAGCGUCACAGGCGGGGGUGAGGGGUCCGCACCUUCGGCGAUGAAAGUGUUUGUAAAUCGAGAUGACAUUGAUUUCGGCCUGGCGCAAGAUCUACCUGCUGUACAGACGCUGGAGAUGGUCCGAGAUAGCGGGGGUGUGGAGGUCGACUACCCGACCAAGCUUUCUAAGAUGCAGAACGUGAGCGACAUCACGCUCUUCGUCCCUUCCAACUUUGGGGCCGACUCGACCGUCAUCACGUACCUCGGCUUCAAGGGCGAGAGCACAAAGUUCCGACACGGUGUUGUGGAGUGCGUGUACGAGGCCAAGCCGAAUGCGGAGGAUCACAAGGCGCCUUCGGGAGAAACCGGUGGUAGGAACAUCCUCUAA